AUGUCUCAGGUUCAGGUGCAGCCACAGGUUGCUCUUUCGAGCCCCAACGCGGCGGCCAACAGUGCCCCUCCUGCUGGUGCUGCUGUCAGCCAGUUCCAGUCGACGUCUCUUUAUGUUGGAGAUCUCGAGAUGAACGUCACCGACUCGCAGCUGUAUGACCUGUUCAGCCAGCUGGGGCAGGUCUUGUCGGUUCGAGUUUGCCGGGACAUCACAACCCGACGGUCUCUUGGAUACGCUUAUGUCAACUAUAGUGACCCAGUGGAUGGUGAACUAUUCGCCGCUUCCUUAUUUCAUUUCUCCUCUUCUUCUAUGUUGUCAUGUUUGCUUAUGCUCCUCUGGUUUUAUGCCGUAAUUUUUUGAUACAGUGAUUUCCCUGGACAGAGAAUGGAUGAUAAUAAUGUUUUUCCAUUUCCCGUUGCAUAUAAUGGUUAAAAUUUGGUAUGCUUUCAGUGAGUUUCCAUUUCAAAGUGGCAUCUGUUGGCACAUCAUUGGAUGUAUUCCUCAUGCCAAUCGCAGUCAUUUUGAUCUGAUGACUCCAGUUUGCUCCGCUUCUUUAUCACUUUAACACGUCUGUGACGUUCUUUCGUUUCAAAGUUUCGUGCUAAAUUGUUUGAUGCUUUGUUCAUUUUGACUUCAAAGCAUCUUUAUUCAAUUCUUCUUUUCAGCAUUUCAUAAAUAUACAUCAGUUGUGCAACGGAUAUGAAGAAUCAAGAUGGUGUGCACAAUGCUUGCCAAAAAAUUUCUGCUGGAUCACUUCAAAAAAUCGAUCUUUCUGAUUGGCGUUUAAUAUGCUAGCUCCAUACCGGCUGCCUUCUUCAGUUUUCUAGGAGAUACAUCUUGUCAUUUUUCAUUGAUUAUAUUUUUUUUCGUAGUGAACACUGUUUGGUUCCCGAAGGCAUUGUUCUUUUUAUGGACGUGGGUAUUAUGUCACUAUCUGGCGGUCAGUGUUAGAGUGGUGUAAUGAGAAACUUUACAUGGCUUAAAUGGAUGAACUGUCCUUAGCAUUGAUUCAUUCGAGGAAAUACCUAUGAAUGAGUCUGUAGCAUUACAUGGGAAAAUUUUAGAUGUCAAAUGCCUAAAAAUUUUUAAUUUUAUUUAAAUUUAGAAUGGAGUGCUACUAGAAUGGCAGGAAGGUACGAACCAUCCUUGAGUUGAGAACCUAGUGUGGUUUAGUAAAGUGAGCAGUUAAUCGACGCGAAGUUGUCCCAGAGGAUGUGAGAUAACGUAGCACAGAACAGUGAUACAGGAAUGAUUUGUAGACAUCUAUUCAUGAAUCCCAUUCAAUUGAAAUAUGUUGAGGUUAUGUUUUUUCUGGUACAACGCAAUAUUAUAAAUCGCAGGUCUUAGUACAUAUUGAAUUUAGUCUUCAUAGAAAAGUGGCUUAUUGCCUAAGCUAUGACAUGAUCAAUAGGCCGCUGGUUUGCUUGACCUAAAAUUUUACAGAAUAAAUUUUCUUGAAGUCCAAGGACCAUUGUUUUUUUCUUUGAAGUUUCAUUUCCACCAUCCAUCUUCAUAAGAUCUAACCCAUCUUAUUUGGGUCACAGUAGGUAAACGAAUCAUUGCUUACAUCCAGUCAGUCUAAAUGAAUCCAGAGAAUUGGUGCACUUAUUGUAUAAGGGGGCCAAUCACAUUGCCAGAACCCAUAAGGCGGGCUCACUUAUUGUGUUUAGAAGUGGGCCAAUCACAGAGCCAAAUGAAUCCAUAAGAUAGAUUCACUUUUUGUAUGAGGGCACUAGUGGACCUAUCACAGUGGGUUGAACUGUCCAUUCGCAGUGGUAAACGGAUCCAAAAGAGAGCAAACAGAUCAAAAGGGAGUUCUUACGGGACCAGUGUUCUUUGAUAAGUUAUUUUGUAUAGAUUUUUUUAUGAACAACUUGGAUAGGCUGAAUGGGUCAAGAAGUUCGAAUGGAGUGAUUGUUAAGCUAUGCAAUUGGGACAGAAACAGAAGAUGGUAUGAAUGGCUGGGUCACUCAGCAUGACCAAUAAGUCUCCCUUUCUAAGUAUGGUAUUAUGCUUUAUGUUAGCUAUUGAUCGAUGACCUUUCAAGGGAAAAAAAGUGCUACUAGAGUUCUUUGCAUCUUUUAGCUGGAAUUUUUUCAUCCUAUUAUUUAUUUGAGACAUCAAAAUAAUAAAUCAUUUUUCUUGAUGGAUUGUGUAGACAAUUCUGAAAAAAUUUCAUCAAUAUUUGCUGCAUGAUGUGCAUUAAAAAAAAUAAAAUUAAAAGUGCAAGUCAUUCCUUGUACAGCUAGUGCCUUUCUAAUUGUUUUAGUUUUUCCCUAUUUUGUUUCCCCUGCUACUUGAUAUGGAAGAUACAACUUUUGGUUGGAGUUCAUCUAUCUAUUCGUAUAUCAGAGAGUGAAUUAGAUUUACCGCUCUCCUGAAAUGGUCUUCGUUAUUCAUAUCUAUAUUUCUUUUAUUAUUCCACUUUAAUAGUUGGUUCUAUGCCAACAGCUGCGCGUGCUAUGGAUGCGCUGAAUUUUACCCCUCUCAACAACAAGCCAAUCCGGAUUAUGUACUCGAACCGGGACCCCAGUGCACGUAAAAGUGGCUCUGGUAAUAUCUUUAUUAAGGUACGAUAGCCAUUUUACAUAUCUUCGGGUCUGUUUGCUAUUUUCUGAAUUUCUUUGUUAUCCUGUGCCCUUAAAUUUCGACUUGAUCUUGGUUACAUAUUGUGUUGGUGUUCCUUUUCUUGGGCAGAAUCUGGACAAGGCUAUUGACAACAAAGCACUUUAUGAUACCUUUUCUGUAUUUGGUAAUAUUCUGUCUUGCAAGAUUGCAACAGAUCCAUCUGGCCAGUCCAAGGGCUAUGGAUUUGUACAAUUUGAGCAGGAUGAGGCAGCACAAAAUGCCAUAAGCAAGCUCAAUGGAAUGCUUCUGAAUGACAAGCAAGUUUUUGUUGGUCCUUUUCUCCGCAAGCAAGAAAGAGAUAAUUCUGCGAACAAGACCAAGUUUAAUAAUGUGUAUGUUAAAAAUCUCUCGGAGUCUACCACAGAAGAGGACCUUAAAAAGACUUUUGGAGAGUAUGGAAAUAUCACAAGCGUUGUAGUUAUGAGGGAAGGGGAUGGAAAAUCAAAGUGCUUUGGUUUUGUGAAUUUUGAAGAUGCGGAUGAUGCUGCUCGAGCUGUUGAAGAGCUUAAUGGGCAGAAGUUUGAUGAUAAAGAAUGGUAUGUUGGAAAGGCACAGAAGAAGUCUGAGAGAGAGGUAGAGCUGAAAACCAGGUUUGAGCAGAACAUGAAGGAAGCAGUAGACAAGUAUCAAGGGGUUAACUUAUACUUGAAAAACUUGGAUGACACCAUUGAUGAUGAAAAGCUGCAGGAACUUUUUUCUGCCUAUGGCACGAUUACAUCAUCCAAGGUUGAUGUUGUUGCAUAUGCAGUCGAUACUUCCUCAUCACAGAAGACGUUUUAAAAUCUGCUACCUUUAUUAUUGUAACAGAUAAUGCGAGACCCAACUGGGAUAAGCAGAGGCUCUGGUUUUGUUACCUUCUCAACUCCAGAAGAAGCCAACCGAGCUGUAAGUAUUCGGUUGAUUGUAUUUAUUUUUGAAAUUGAAUAUCUUACUGAGAACUUUAUUUCUAACUCAGAUAUCGGAAAUGAAUGGGAAAAUGGUUUCAAACAAGCCCCUUUACGUAGCAUUGGCACAGCGCAAAGAAGACAGAAGGGCAAGACUUCAGGUGGCCUUUUUUAUUCUGCUCUUAGAUGCAUGUAACUGCUGAUGCUAGAUAUUUGUGUAUUAAAGGUGUAUGCUCUAAUUGCUCUUCAUUAUGUCUUGCUUUUUGAGUUUGGGUUUUCUGAUCUACCAAGAUUCUGGCAUCAUACCAUGGACACUGCCAACUGAUCCUCUCCUCUCAUGUAUUUCCAGUCCCUUGUUUUCCUUCUGCAUUUUGGUUCACCUAAUGACCUGUAAAUUCUGUCACCUUGGGAAAUAAGUUACCUAUAUCCUGUCUAAUUAGGUAGCCAUUUGACACUUGUAAUGUUUGAUGGUGAGCUGGUGAAAAUAUAGAAUGCGAGUAGACUUGAGGAUACCACAGGUGGAGGCGUAAUGGUUGGUAUAGCUCACCAUGAAUGCCUUCUUUAAAUUCUAUUUUUUUCUACUUUGAAUCCUAUUGAUGAAAAUAACCAUUUUUAACAGUUUUACAACAGUUUCCCGUGGGAGAGUAUAAAUAAAAAUCGUGUGGUUAUAUUGAUGAGCCCACUUCACUAUCAGCCAGUUGUCUUGGAUUAGAAUGGUCCAAAAGCAUUUGAGUUGGUAUGGGGGUUAAUGAUUGCUUGGGGACUGUACGCACCAAAUUUAUGUUGUCUUUGUGAGGAAGUCCCGAAAAAGCAGGCGUGCCCGAGGAUAAAUAAAAGUCUUGCGGUUUCAUUUAUUGAUCUGCAUGGUCGAUCUAUAGAUUGUAUCGGAGGGUCUAAUGACGUUUCAAACAGGGAUUCACUAUGAGAAGUACAAGAUACUCCUUUUCUACCAAAGCUACAAUAUUCUGCUCCACAAAUCAUCAUCAUCCCUCUAGAGGAUGUGGAGGGAUGUUAGAUAAGAUGCUUAAGUAGCCAGAACAGGAAACAUACGACAUUUACUAUUUGUGCCUUUUGGAUGGCAGGUGCCACCCAACUAAGUUUUCCUUCAUAGAUUUCGCUAACAGAUUUAUGGUGUGCUUCUGUCUGAGUCAUUAUUUCCUAUCUCCAGGCACAAUUUUCCCAAAUGAGGCCCGUUGCCAUGGCACCGUCUGUUGCUCCUCGAAUGCCAAUGUAUCCCCCGGGUGGUCCAGGCUUAGGGCAGCAGAUCUUUUAUGGCCAAGGCCCCCCGGCACUUAUUCCUCAGGUACUAUGCAUGGCGAUAGUUCGUGGUUCUUUAAUGUUAACUAAUUUGAUGUAAAUCUCAGAUUUAAUUAAUAUAUAGUGUCGACAAGCAUUAAUGAAUAGAUACUCACUUUGGCCACGUUUCAAUUCUCAUUUACUUCACUGCACUUGGCUGGGAUUGGGUCAUCCAUCAGAUGGCAAUAUUUUUCGUAAUAUUUUCACGAUUGGUUGACUGAAAGACCUUACACCUAAUGUUGAUUAAAAUGGGUAAGUCCCAUUCAUUAUUAUUCCAGAAGAAGAAAAGGAAGAAAAACACAUUUGAGUUUGUAAAAUCCCUGUGCCUCUUCCCUCAGUGAAUUAGUUAUUGAUAUGCCUUUUCAUUUCUCUUGUGUAGCCUGGCUUUGGCUACCAACAGCAACUUGUUCCCGGUAUGAGGCCUGGGGGGGGUCCAAUGCCCAAUUUCUUUGUUCCCCUCGUACAACAAGGUCAGCAGCCUCAACGCCCUGGGGGCCGACGUGCUGGGGCCGGCCCUGUGCCACAGGUGCAACAGCCUGUGCCCAUGAUGCAACAGCAGGUAACCUCCCCUCUCGAUCAAAUAUCUAGGUCGACUCCAAGUUGACCCGCCUUAUCAUCUUCUCACCCAAGGAUUGUUAUUUUUAUUUCUGUUAUUAUUAUUUGUACUGCUAUUAUAAUUGCUGUUGUGCUGUAUGUGGCAGAUGCUUCCCCGAGGUCGACUCUACCGCUACUCGCCAGGGCGCAACAUGCCAGAGGUUCCAAUGCCAGGGGUUGCUGGGGGCAUGCUGUCAGUGCCCUAUGACAUGGGCACCUUCCCCAUGAGGGAUGCUGGGAUCCCACACUCCCUUCCAAUUGGGGCCUUGGCUUCAGCCCUUGCCAAUGCAACCCCAGAACAACAGAGGACGGUGAGUCCUCUUUAUUACCAAAAUCUCUCCUUCCCAAUCUAUCUGGCGGUGGAUGUGCAGCAACAUGGCCUGCACAUUAUAUUUCCUCAUUGGGAAAGUAAUUUGCCUAUUCAUAAUUUGUUGCUUAUUUCUUGUUCUUGUUGUGGGUUGGGGGUGGGGGCGCAGAUGCUGGGUGAAUCCCUCUACCCAUUGGUGGAGCAGCUGGAACACGAUUCUGCGGCAAAGGUGACUGGCAUGCUCCUGGAGAUGGACCAAACCGAGGUCCUCCAUCUGCUGGAGUCCCCCGAUGCGCUCAAGUCAAAGGUUGGCGAGGCAAUGGAGGUUCUCAGGAGCGUCGCUCAGCAGCAACAGCAGUCCCCCAGUGGCCCUGCUGACCAGUUGGCCGCCCUCAGCCUGAACGACAGUCUCGUCCCUUAA